AUGGGGUAUGAAGGAAAACAGAGAGAAGAAGAAGAGGGAGUAAUGGCUACAGAUUUUUUCUGGUCAUACACAGAUGAACCCCAUGCCUCUCGCAGAAGGCAGAUCCUCUCUCAGUAUCCUCAAAUCAAACUACUCUUUGGCCCAGACCCAUUUGCUUUUCUCAAGAUUGCCAUGGUUGUACUGCUUCAGCUAUGGACUGCAACCUUCCUCCAUAAUGCAGGUUGGGUGAAGAUAUUGGUAUUAGCAUAUUUUUUUGGCUCUUUCCUCAACCACAAUCUCUUCUUGGCCAUUCAUGAGCUAAGCCACAAUCUAGCCUUCUCAAAGCCAGUUUACAAUCGUUGGCUCGGGAUUUUUGCUAACCUUCCUAUUGGGGUACCCAUGUCUGUAACUUUCCAAAAGUAUCAUCUGGAGCACCAUCGUUUUCAGGGGGUGGAUGGAGUUGAUAUGGAUAUCCCGACUCUCGCUGAAGCCCAUCUGGUGAAGAACAUUGUUUCAAAAUCGAUAUGGGUUAUUCUCCAACUCUUCUUUUAUGCUCUCCGGCCAGUUUUUAUCAAACCAAAACCCCCCGGCAUAUGGGAGUUUAUUAAUUUAAUUAUUCAGCUUGCCCUUGAUGCCCUUUUAGUACAUUUUUGGGGAUGGAAGUCGUUUGGUUAUUUGAUACUGUCCACAUUCGUCGGAGGAGGGAUGCACCCCAUGGCCGGUCACUUCAUCUCUGAACAUUACGUUUUCAAGCCGGAUCAAGAAACCUAUUCUUAUUACGGUCCCUUGAAUCUUAUGACAUGGAGCGUAGGAUACCACAACGAGCACCACGAUUUCCCUAGGAUCCCUGGGACCAAGCUUCGCAAGGUGAGGGAGAUUGCACCUGAGUUUUAUGAUAAUUUGGAUUCAUAUAAAUCUUGGAGUCAGGUCAUCUACAUGUACAUAACGGACCGGACGGUUGGGCCGUUUAGCCGGAUGAAAAGAAAUGUAUCUACCAAGAAAUCCGAAUAG